GGGGAAAGGGAGGAGGGGAGCGCGGCAGAAAGGGAGCGUCCGCGGGCGAACGAGACAUCGGAGCACGAAGCUUGGAUUUGAUGCUCGCGACCUCAAAGCCAGCGAGCCACAUUAUUGCCGUUCUUGCUUUCCGAUUCUUUAUUCGCAGGCGAGAGCGACGAAAGGGAGGAAGGGAGCAAGGAAGGAAUCGAAGGGAGCGAGGGAGGGAAGGAGAGGGAGAGAGAGAGUGAGGGAGAGGGGGCAUGCGCAGAUUGGUCGGCAGCUUCUUUGACGAGUCUCGUUGCUCGAUCCGGUUCGUUAUAUAACCCUCGUCUGGCGAGGCGAACAGCUUCAGCUACCACUUCUGUUGCUGCUCCGUGUGGUGGUGGCGUCGCUGGGGCAUUGUGGGAGAUGGCUUCGCGGCGGGAGGGAGCGCAAGAAUGAAGGAGUUUCGUCUUGAUUUUUGCCGUGGGACCUCACGCAGUUGCAGAAUUUAAGUAUCGAGACUGGAGAAAUUCCUACAAUGGCAGCAACGAAAGUGGGGUCGUGUAGGUCUUUCGCAGUAGUAGCUCUGGUAUGGCUAGGUCUAAUCAGCAUUGGGACGAAGCAAGUACAAGGAUCAGUGCACGAGUAUGAAAACGCGGAAUUCACUGAAACCGGAAACGCCUUCUUAUUGUACGGAGGUAGUGAGGGGCUCUUUGUCAACGCUCCCAACAACCAUGGAGGUGUUGCUAAUGGAAAGUCGUUCAUCAACUUCGAUUCCUCUCUCACACUGACGAGGACAGCUGAAUCAGCUGGAAAAAUUACCACCCAAGGCUCCCAGGUUCCAGUGGAAGCUGUAAUCUUUGAGCUCUCGGACAAGGAUAAUUUUGGUUAUUCCUUUGACGAUGGCAUGGAGAAAAGCAUUUGCUGCACGAAAGACUUGGCGGCAAUUCGUGGUUGCGAGGUUGGCAAAAUCAUCUUUCAAAGAGAAGCGGAUAACUCAGAAUGGCCGAAAUCUAUUACAACUUAUUUCGUAGGCUCUGAGACAACAGCCAGAUUUAAAGCUGACUCCGUUCCUAUUCCGAGGACAGGAAUGUACACUUUGUACUUCGUGUUUUGUGAGCCAGACCUCCAGGGAACCACCCUGAGUGGGAAGACUGUGUGGAAGAAUCCAGGAGGCUAUUUGCCAGGUCGGAUGACACCGUACUUGUCAUUCUAUGGGAUAAUGUCACUGGCAUACCUUGCACUUGGGUUGGUCUGGUUCAUCCAGUACACGCGUUACUGGAAGGAUAUCUUGCAGCUACAGAAUUGCAUCACAGCUGUCAUUGCCCUCGGUAUGAGUGAGAUGGCGCUGUGGUAUUUCGAUUACUCCAACUUCAACGCUACCGGAAAGAGGCCAAUUGGUAUCACCAUAUGGGCAGUAACAUUUGGCGCCGUCAAGAAAACUGUGUCGCGUCUACUUAUCUUGGUUGUAUCCAUGGGAUAUGGUGUGGUGCUUCCAACUCUUGGAGGACUUACAUCUAAGGUGGUCUUGCUUGGAGUAACUUACUUUUUGGCAGCAGAGCUAUUAGAUGUAAUGGAAAAUGUGGGCACUGUGAAUGAUGCAUCAGGGAGUGCGCGACUCUUCCUCGUCUUGCCGGUCGCGGUUCUUGACGCGUUUUUCAUUCUCUGGAUAUUCACUUCACUCUCAAGGACUUUAGAGAAACUGCAGGCUAGGAGACGUUUUGCUAAGUUGGAGCUUUACAGGAAGUUUACCAACACUUUGGCUAUCGCCGUUAUUGCUGCUGUAAUGUGGAUUGGUUACGAGUUGUACUUCAAGGCCACUGAUAAAUUAAGCGAGCGUUGGGAGACGGCAUGGGUGAUUCCAGCAUUUUGGAUUGUCUUCACGUAUUUGAUUCUCGUUACCAUUUGCUUCCUUUGGGCUCCAUCCCAAAACUCUACCAGAUAUGCGUAUUCAGAGGAACUUGGUGACGCAGACGAUGAAGAAGAAGCACAGGCAUUGACUGCUGGUGGACCAUUAGUUGAAAUAGAAAAAGGUCUUGUCAAGCCUGAGAAGAACAGAAAACCUGUGAACACGGAUGUUUUCAGUCUGGACGACGAUGGUCCCGAGGAAGACAAGAGAGAGUAGUUGGAAAACCCAACCCUUAACCACAUUUUAUUCUCAACAUCUGUAAUGUAGGUUUGGAGAAAAACAUUCUUCUUAUAAAACGUAGCCUUGCUCUCCAAGCUGUGGUAGGCAGCUAGCACUGUACACAUGUCUUCCGAAUGGAAGAGAGGCAGGUGUUGAGUGUCGUGCUACAUGUUUCUGAUUGAACGCCGCACGAACCUUGUCACGGGAGUUGCAGGAGUUUUCCAAGACUGUAUAUAUACCAUCUGCUAGACUGCAACAGUCAACUUAGUGUCUUCUGGCUGCAGCUGUCGCAGAAGGCACAUGCUAGGUAAAGAACAUCGCAGGCUUCGUUGAUAGCACUAUAGUUGAUACCGAAGUGCGAUCUCGAUCACGAGUUGAUGAAGGAGAGUGUCAAGACAGCUCAUGGAAAAGUUUGAGCAAGUGGUCAAAAAGGCGUAUAUAUCUUUACAAAGCUGUGUAGAGGUGCUUAAUUAUGCUGAGAAAGGCCUCUUAUAAUUGCCAGACACCAGUUUUGCAUGAUGCGUAAGAUUCUUCACUGGUUUGAGUUUGGCGCUCUUUCACCGGAGUGUACGGAGUGAAUACAAGUUCAACGUGAAUCAGUUUUUUAUUUUUCGCCCUUUGU